UUGGUCGAAAGGUUUAACAGGACAAUGGUUAACAUACUCCGUUCUUACGUCGCCAGCCAUCAGCGGGACUGGGACGUCCACCUUCCCGCCGUACGUUUCGCGUACAAUACAAGCUGCCAUGCUACUACGAAGUUUUCGCCAUUUUUCUUGAUGCAUGGGCGCGAAGCCCGACUACCAGUCCACUUACUGACUGGUAUUCCCUUCCCUGACACCACCAUCCCCAGUUUCGUAACCAAAUUAAACGACUCCCUCCCCGCCAUCUUCCACCAGGUGCAGCAACACACUUCCCAAAACCAGUGUCGACAGAAAGAAUUGUUUGAUAGGAGAGUACAUGGUGAGCCGUACGCCGCGGGUGACCUUGUUUUGAUCUUAAACAAGGCAGUAGGCCAAGGUCUCGCCCGGAAACUGGCCAGGAAAUACAAUGGCCCGUAUCGGGUCCUGGAACGGGUAGGAGACCAGGCCUACAAAGUGCAAAACACCCGCGGCCGGCGAGAAGUUAAGGUGAUCCACUUUGAGAACCUUAAACCGUUUACUCCACAGCAACUGGACCCAGAUUAUGACCCGGGGCAUGAUGCUCCGCGACCGGCGCGCCAAAGGCGUCGAAAUAAUCAACCCUCCACCCACAGCCAAGACAGUGACAGCGACACCCCUCCAAGUGACUCGAGCGACGACAACGUCCACUCCGAGGCAGGACCGAUAACCCCGCAAGGACUUCAGUCCUCGGGACCCUCUUCCUCUUCCUUUCCAGGUCCACCCGCCUCCGAGUCGACGUCAACUAGGACGAACCGACUAACGGGCCCGGCCCGAACGACACCGGUUCAGGCACCAGUCGCUCCCGCCCUGUCCCCUGCGCCGACAGCCGACAAUCCUGUCCUGUCAACUGCGCCGACGGCCGACGAUCCUGUCCUGUCAACUGCGCCGACGGCCGACGAUCCUGUCCUGUCAACUGCGCCGACGGCCGACGUUCCUGUCCUGUCAACUGCGCCGACGGCUGACGUUCCUGUCCUGGCACAGAAUCCGGUACAGUCCACAGCUGCGGCUACCAGGCCGCCAUUGCCGCAACGACAAAAUCGUCGACGCCGCCGACCAGAACACUUAAACAACUACAUUUCUAUACCAGACUCUGUUCCCUCUAGCGAUAGCGAAAGUGAAACAGACCAUUUCCACCCCAAUGUAUGCCAGGUAACAAAGGUUGUUUCCCAGGAUGUGGGGCUGACUGGCCAGUGCCACCCUUCGGAUAGGCCGUGUCCCCGGGGGGAAUCGCUCGAGUUAGACCCCUCGCCCCCUCCCUUGAAGUCCUUGGCUCACGAAUCCACGCCAAAAAGAAAGAACCGGGUAACACGCCUGAUGUCGUCCCUAGUUAGGGCAUUCAGUCGCCCACCUAAAUCGUAAAUUCUCUA